AUGGACGACAUCGAGCGACGCAGCGCGAAGCGCUCGCGAUUUGACCAGACCGAGCCCGAACCUCGACGAUCCCGGUUCGACCGCCGCUCUCGCUCACCCCCACCGAGGAAACCCGACUCUGGCCGUGAUCGGGACCGUAGCCCCCUUUCGAGGCCUCGCGAUGCACCCACCGACACGAAGUCGCCUCCCGUAGACCCCGCUGCUGCCGCUGCUGCGGCUGCUGCCCGGAUCAAUGCGCAACUCCAGGCACGCAAAGGGAUCCAGCACGUCGAUGUCCCACCUGUCCGGUCGAGCUCCGUCACUAGCAACAAUGCCUCACCAGCCCCCGGCGCCGCCCCUAUCAGCGGAGAGGUUUACAUUUCCGACGGGGAUUAUAUCAAAGAUAUCGAGGUCAACGAUUUGCGCAACAGAUACCUCUUGACGAAGGGCUCAACGCAAAAAAUGAUUAAAGAAGAAACUGGUGCUGAUGUCACCACCCGUGGAAACUACUACCCCGACAAGAAUAUGGCUACCCCGGCGCGCAAAUGGCCCGAGGAGAAAAUCCCGAUCAACCUCGAGUCAGUGCCGGGGUUUAACCUCCGCGCCCAGGUUGUGGGACAUGGCGGUGCCUAUGUCAAGCAUAUUCAGCAAGAAACCACCUGCCGCGUCCAGAUCAAGGGCCGGGGUUCAGGCUAUAUGGAGGCCUCGACUGGCAGAGAGAGCGACGAGGAUAUGGGCCCGGAUCCCGAGAAGGUGCAGAAAGCCAAGGAGCUCUGUGAAGACCUUCUUGCCAAUGUCAGGGAGCAAUACGAGGAGUUCAAGAGCCGACCGCCCCGCAACUACGGCGGCGGUGGAGGUGGUGGUGGCUACGGCGGCCGGGGUGGUGGUGACUCGUACCAAGGUUACAAUCGGGAUAGCCACCAUCAGAACAGCAGCCACAGUUACAGCAACUCCCCUGCGCCUGGAGCUGGCGCUUCGGCCACGCCACCCACCUCGACUGGCACUCCGACGUCGGCCGCCGACUAUGCCGCUCAGUAUGCCCAAUAUUACGGUACUGCUGAUCCGUAUGCAGCCUAUGGUGGUUACCAGGCAUAUGUCCAGAUGUACCAGCAGUGGGCGGCUGCUCAGGCUGGCCAGGCCGGCCAGGCAAGCGCUGCUCCUGGUGCUCCUGGUGCUCCCGGCGCUUCGGCAUCCCCGCCGCCGCCGCCCCCGAGCGAGGCUGCCCCGCCUCCUCCCCCUCCUUCUGCGGCUCCCCCGCCGCCCCCUCCGUCAGGGCCGCCAGGUGCGACUGGCUACAGUGCGGUGGGGCACAGGGUGCUCCAGCUCCCCAUCCUCCAACUCUCCAACUCCACCCCGCUAUGUCACGGUGCAUCGCCAUGGUCACCCACGAUGAGCCACCAACGAUACCCGUCCCAUGAUGCGGUCAAGGAACCGCACUCGGUAUCUUUGAAGGUGCUACGGCUCUCCCGCCCAUCCCUCGUCGCCCAAUACCCUUUCCAACCGCCCUUCUCCUCCCCCUUCGACGGUCCCAUCUCCCACCAACCACCCAUCCCCGCCUCCCUCGCCUACAGCUCAAAUGGCCUCAACGACGUCCCCACGAACCCGACGCCCUUCGUCCUAAGCCCCAUCCUCAACCUCCCCCCGUCCUUCGGCUCCGCCUACGUCGGCGAAACAUUCAGCUGCACGCUCUGCGCGAACCACGACAUCCCGGACGACAACCCAGCCGCGUUAGCAGCCAAAACCAUCCGCGAUGUGCGCAUCGAGGCCGAAAUGAAGACACCCUCCUCAGCAACCGCCCUCACGCUCCCGCUCACCCCACCAUCCCCCCCCACACCCACAACCACCCCGGGCGACACCACCACCGCCACAACCGAAACCGGCCCCGGCACCGACCUCUCCCCGCACCAAACCCUCCAAAAGAUCCUCUCCUUCGACCUCAAAGAAGAAGGCAACCACGUGCUGGCCGUGACCGUGUCCUACUACGAGGCCAGCGAGCUCUCGGGCCGCACGCGCACCUUCCGCAAGCUGUACCAGUUCGUGUGCAAGCCUUCGCUGAUCGUGCGCACCAAGCCGGGCGCGCUGCCCCCCGCGGAUCCGGCGUCGGGCCGCCGCCGCUGGGUGCUCGAGGCGCAGUUGGAGAAUUGUGGGAAGGAGGGGUUGAUGCUGGAGAAGGUCGGUUUGGAGCUGGAGAGGGGUUUGGGGUAUGAGGAUUGCAAUUGGGAGAGUGGUGGUGGUGGCGGUACUGGCGGUAAUGGGGGGGUGGGGAGGAUGAGGCCGGUGUUGUUGCCGGGGGAGACGGAGCAGGUUUGCUUUGUGAUUGAGGAGGAUGCGGCGGGGGCUGUGGAGGAGGUGGAUGGCCGGGUGGCGUUUGGGAUAUUGCAGAUUGGGUGGCGGAGUGAGAUGGGCAAUAGGGGGUUCUUGUCGACGGGGAAGCUGGGGACGCGGUUUGUGAAGCCGAGAUAG